AUAGCUAUCUCCUUCAAAACAGUCUUGUGGAGAAGACGAUCAUGGCUUCGUUGGUGGGAAGGUCACUAGUUAAAAAUGCGAGGCGUGCCUUGGUAAUAAAUGCCAGGCGGUAUAAAUCAGAAGAAAAGCGGAUUUUCGACGCUAGAGAGUAUGCCUGUGGUAAGGAAAAACUGGAACUCGACGCAAUAGCAGCUGGAAAUGAGGAUCCUUUUGAUAUGCGAGUCUUCAAACGUGGUCCAGGCACCAAGGAUAAUCCUAACCUCAUUCCAUCCUACUUGGAGAAAAGGAUGAUUGGUUGCAUUUGUGAAGAAGAUGCAACGGUGAUAAACUGGAUGUGGCUGCACAGGGGAGACCCCAGACGCUGCGAAUGUGGCCACUGGUUCAAACUGGUGGAUGCCAAGCCUCUGUAGCUCAGCCCCUAGUCUUCGUAGCCAUUUGUUGUUCUCACGUUCGAAAGACAUGAAGACAGUGAAUGUGUAGAGCUCGCGCAAGAACUUGGUCAUUUUUAUUUUUUUUUUCUCACUGCUAACGUCAACUACACCUCUCUGUUUUCUGUACUUGAGGGCUGUAGUAAAAUCCACUACUGGUGCA